AUUACCUCUAUCUAUAAAGAGAUUUCUUCUUGGACGAUGACAGGGUAAUUGAAAGAAAUUAACCAAUAUUACCAUCGUACUACGUUUCCGGAUGGUUGUACAUCAAUCUCAUUACCAUCUAUUUAUCGAUAAAACUGAGAACCAUCUACAUUCUUGGCCUUACAAGCCGCACCCCUAUCACAACGACGACACGACCCAUUCGUUACGCGAGUUGAUAUUCGAUAACUUGAUUUGUCAUCCAUCAGGACAUCACUAGACAUGUUAGGGACGCCAGUCGGCGCGCGCAGCGCUCUGGGAGCGGACUCGUUUGUGAUUUAGUGUUAUUACUCCGUUAUAAUGGCCACAAUUAGAGAAAAAGAAGUGUACUUAAACCUCAUAGAAACCCUUAAAGAAAUGCCCUACAUAUGGAACAAUUCCACUGAUAAAUACUACAACAAACACUUGAGGAAUGAAGGGUAUAGGGUAUUGCUAGACAUAUACAAAACAAUACAGCCUAAGGCUACCCCGAAAACGCUUAAAAAGAAGUUGGAACAUAUGAGGACCAGUUACUUUAACGAGUUGAGAAAGGUUCAAAAAGCAAAACAAACUGACAAGAUCUACGAACCAACUCUAUGGUUCUACCACGCGUACCAUUUUAUGCGGCGUGAGGCGGUGGAAGACGAUUGUACAAUUAUCAAGGACAGAGAAGCACUUAUGGAGGACGACUGUAUGAUACUCAGAGAUAGUAAUAACAGAGAAGCACUUAUGGAGGACGACUGUACAAUACUCAGGGAUAGUGAAGAGGCAUCAUCAGUCGAAGAAGUAAUUAUUAACGAAAGGGAAUAUGCUGAGAACAAUAAUUACAUGCCACACAAGAAGAAAAGUAAGCAUAUUAAAGAAAAAACACCUGAGAAACAAAUAAACGACCAAGUAAUAAUAGAAAAAGCUGAUAAAUCAGUUCAGUAUGACCAAACCAAGGACGACGAUUGGGACAUUAUAGGAAAAUCAAUAAGCGUUCAACUCCAAAAGUUGAAUAACCGUCAAGUUAUUAUAGCACAGAAGUUAAUAUCCGAUGUAAUUUAUUUUGGAAGGCUAGAUAGGUUGACUGAGGAAUCUUUGGUGCUGCCACAACCCGUCAACGAAUUCCUGUAAGGUCCAGUACAGGUCCUUAAAUCAAUAUUAAAAUAUUCCACAAUACUAGGGGAGAUCUAGAGAGGAGAGUUGUGACAUUGUCGAUUUUUUGGAACUUAUCAACUACUAGCAAGCUCGUAACAUUGCGUGAUUUUAGUUCAAGUCUCGAGCCAACAAAUGCACGUUGUUGCGAGCUCACACAACUCUCCUCAGUAUCCCCUACUACAUCUAUAAAAUGUACCUACUCGUUACCUUAUUUAGAUCAUUAAAUCAAUACUCAAAGCAUUCUACAUGACUACUAUCUUUACGCAUUAUACAUUAUGCGUUAAUCAAUCCCAAAUUUUUAAGUGAUCCCAAUGGUAACACAUAACGUCAUGAAUUUUAUUUUCAUAGGGAUCACUUUAAAAAUAGGGAUUGAUGGUGAAAACGGGCAUUAGACACUUAAAAAUUAACGUUCUAAUCAACAUACAAAUACAAUUUUACACAUUACACUUAACCUAUGACUUAACCAAUUUACACUUUACGUUAGUCGGUAACAUAUAAAAAUGUAUACAUAGUCAAAUAUUACUACACAAAUUUUUUCUAUCUAUAGUGUUUAUGUAACUACUCGUAAAAGUAAGUGCCACGUCCUUAUAUUAUAAAAUGUAACAUUUUGUAAUACAUAAUGUAUUUCUUUAUCCUAAUAGAUAAUCAAUUAUUUAUUUUUUUACAAUUUUAUUUAGUAGAUGAACGUAGGUAAAUGUAAUUUAAUAAC